UGUCAGAACAGCCUGGAACUUUCCUCCGCAUUGAAGGUUCCACCUUUUUUUUUUUUUUUCAACAGUCCGGUUCUUUGAUUUCUUCCAUUGGUGCCGUCGAAUUUUCUAAGUUUUAGGGUUCUUCCUGCGAUUUUUUCCGGUUCUAGCGGCGUUCGGUCAAUCGGUUUCGCGGAAGAGGGAUUUUGAAAUUGAGAUUCACAUAAGAGAAAGAGGAUGGUGAAUGGGGAGUCCACAAGCAUGCCUUCGGAGAGCGCGUCUUGUUCGAACAAUAACACAAACGACCAGGGAGACUUCGAAUGUAACAUCUGCUUCGAAUUAGCUCAAGACCCGAUUGUCACUCUCUGUGGCCACCUCUUCUGCUGGCCUUGUCUCUACCGUUGGCUUCACCACCAUUCGCAUUCACAAGAAUGCCCGGUUUGCAAAGCUCUUGUCCAAGAGGAUAAGCUCGUACCCCUCUACGGGAGAGGUAAAAACCAGUCCGACCCGAGAUCGAAAUCAUACCCGGGCAUGCAAAUUCCUAACAGACCGGCCGGUCAAAGACCUGAAACUGCUGCUGCUGCUCCUCAACAAGAACCGAAUAGCUUUUUCAGUUAUGGGUUUGGCUCGAUGGGCGGGUUCAUGCCCAUGGCAACUACCAGGAUUGGGAACUUUACUAUGGGGAUUGGUGGGUUGUGGCCAUCUCUGUUCAACUUCCAGUUCCAUGGGUUUCCUGAUGCCACCGUCUAUGGCUCAACCUCGGGUUACCCAUAUGGCGGCUUCCACCAGGGUUUACGUGGUGGUGUGGGCAUUCAUGGUCAUGGAUAUCCGAACAAUCACCCAAUGGCUCGUGGAGGACACCAAGCGGAUGCAGCCCUGAAGAAUCUCUUCAUAAUAAUUGGUAUCUGCGUGAUAAUGGCAUUGGUUUUCUGGUAAACAAAUUUGUCAUUCGUCGUUCCAGAUCAGGUAUGGUGAAUUUUCAGCUUUUCGAUUUGAGUGAGUUGUGCCUGUAAAUGUGUUUAAUAGUUGAGUUAGCAGAUGUUUUUACUCCUUCGACAGAAGAAUCUCGAUCUAAAAGGUGUUAUGGAACACUUUUUUCUUUCUGGUU